AUGAAGGCUCACAAGAUCACUGAACAUUGGGGUUACCAAUUUGUGGGAGUAAAAGAAUUCGAACCAGAUCGUAGAGGCUAUGGCAAGAUCAACCAGCUGGCAGUAGUUCCAAUAAAUGGAGAACACAGGUAUCAGAUGGAAUAUGUGCAAUAUGAAAUGCAAAGAAAUCAGAAGAUUGAUGAAAUUGAUUUGUCCGAACUUUUAUGGAAGUUUUUUCAGAAAGAGGAUGUUGUUUACGUUCAUCCACAUACUUCUUCUCUCUGUGGUAUUAUCGUCCUCCCUACAAAAGAGACUGCUGAACAGUAUAGAGCCAAGUCGAUGUUAAAGAAUGAACACCAUCAACAGGAGGGCGAAGCAACACGUUUGCCGAGCAUCAAAAAUACAAUAUCAAUUAUGCGUCAUCGACAGCCCACACCAAGAUGUGACCCAUCGGUAUUCGCCGAUUUGUCCAUUGUCUGGCCGAUACUAGGUUCUCAGAUUAUGACACUGUAG